GUCAAUUUAAACAAGAUGUCUCUGCUUCCACCAGGGGCCAAUUCCUUCCUGUAUUGUAUUUCUUCCUUUCAUUAUCCAGUGCUCCGACUAGCGAGCGUACCAUAUCCUUAAUCAGCUGUGCCUGAGAGCUCAUAAGCACUUCCAUAUCUAUCCAUACAAUAUCUUACCCCACACGUUAGUCUCAGAACGAACUAUCUUCUCGGUCAACGACAGUGAUUGACUCUGAGCAAUCAUGUCCGAGCAAGUUGUGUAUCCGCCUCCUCCAAGCCAAGCUCCUUCCUUCCCUCCUCCGCCCAAUGGUGCUGCAUAUCAACCACCAUCCCAAGCCGCUCCGAGCUUUUCUCCCCCAAAUCUUAGUUUUCCUCCACCUCCGCAACAGCCUGUAUCUUCAAACGAGGACAAGGCUGAUGUUUCACCAAUCUCGUCGACAAGCCCAUCGGCCCCGCCGAUCAACGAGAAGGCAAACUAUGUAGCUGAGAAUGCACAGUCGUUUGCUGUCAACUCGGCCAUGUUCAGUUCCGCGGAAGCUCAGCAAGCACCACUACAAGGACCAGGUCUCACACGAGCGCAGACAGAUGCAACUCUUGCGAGUAGAAUCGCCCCGAAAAACUUUGUAGGAGCCAUGUCAACCUAUGCGGACGAUGUAGGGACAUUCAACGGUGGCAGCUACAGGGUCAGUCACCGGGACACGAACACACUCUUGACUAUCCAGCUAGCAGUGGGAUGCCCCAUACAGGCGAGACCGGGCGUCAUGAUCGCAAUGUCCCCCUCCAUGUCCCUCAGAGGCUCGCUCUCAUUUGGAUGGAUGAAAGCCCUUGCAGGAGGGCAGUUGGCCCGGUCAACAUACACCGGUCCUGGAGAACUUCUGAUUGCUCCCUCCAUUCUUGGAGAUGUUACCGUCCUCCGCGUCGACGGUACAAGAGAUUGGACAGUUGGCAAAGAUGCAUUUCUUGCCUGCACGACAGGCGUCAAGAUCGAAUUCAAGACCCAGGGUCUCAUGAAGGGUGUAUUCUCUGGUGAAGGUUUCAUUGUCUUUAACUUCAGCGGCUCCGGUCUGGUGUGGAUGCAGAGCUUCGGGGCGAUUGUCAAGAAAGAGCUCGCCGAUGAUGAAACGUACUACGUGAACAACGGCCAUCUGGUGGCCUGGAACUGCCGCUACAAGAUUGAACGAGUUGCUUCCGGUGGUAUCAUCUCUAACUGGAGUGCUGGUGAGGGACUUGCAUGUAGGUUUACAGGUCCUGGCACUGUUUUCAUGCAGACACGCAAUGUGUCCUCCUUCGUUGCCCAUCUGGGCACUAGUCUUGCUAAAAACUAAAGACGCAGACGUGGUGAUCUGCUGCGCUUAUCACGAUCGCUAGUAUCAUACUUUACGGCUUUCUUUUGAUUCUUCUGGCUGCUUUGGCUUGAUAUAUUUACCCUGCUAUAUACCUGUCAAGUACUUGUAUCUACUCAUGUGCUUUCUACGAGAUCAUCAUUUUGCAUAGUCACAAAAUUGGAUAUCUUCUGUUACUUC